GAUCGCAAGCUCGCGGGCUCACGUGGGAGAGGAGCCGGAUUCAAACGGUCGGUUGGUCGCACACGCAGGCCAACAGGACAGCUCUGUCCUGACACCAGCCCAGACGGCCUCACCCCGGAGCCAUGAGAGCUGCCUACCUCUUCCUGCUGUUCCUGCCUGCUGGCCUGCUAGCUCAGGGCCAAUACGACCUCGACCCACUGCCUCCGUUCCCGGACCACGUCCAGUACACCCACUACAGUGACCAGAUAGACAACCCGGACUACUAUGAUUAUCAAGAGGUGACUCCUCGGCCCCCCGCGGAGCAGUUCCAGUUCCAGUCCCAGCAGCAAGUCCCACAGGAAGUCAUCCCGGCCCCCACCGUAGCGCCUGGAAGCGUGGAGACAGAGCCCACGGAGCCUGGGCCUCUGGACUGCCGCGAGGAGCAGUACCCCUGCACCCGCCUCUACUCCAUCCACAAGCCCUGCAAGCAGUGUCUCAAUGAGGUCUGCUUCUACAGCCUCCGCCGCGUGUACGUGGUAAACAAGGAGAUCUGUGUCCGCACAGUCUGUGCUCACGAGGAGCUCCUCCGAGCUGACCUGUGUCGGGACAAGUUCUCCAAAUGUGGCGUGAUGGCCAGCAGCGGCCUGUGCCAGUCUGUGGCGGCCUCCUGUGCCAGGAGCUGCGGGGGCUGCUAGGGCGGAGCUGGCACCCCAAGCCCUGGGCCUUUCUCGGAUCCGGGGCCCUCAGGCCCUGCCUGACCUGGUGCUUUUCUCCCCGGCCUGACAUUCCUUUUAUUCCGUAAGAAGUUAGUGGACUAUGGCCCCGGGGGGGUUGGUCUCGGGCCCCUCUCCCAGCCUGUGGCCACCCGGGGACCCAAGGGGGGCUCUCCUCCACUGCCCAGGGCUCACCCCCUGAUGAGGGGCAUCCGGGCCUCUGAUGUGCCUUCUCUGUCCCCCUGCCCCCAGCCCCUCCAGGUAGGCUGUGCCCCUCACACCCCAGCUGGUCCACUAGGACUUCGUACAGCUCCCGGGCAUAGACCACCCUUGUUUUAUACAAAAUUAAAAUGGUUUUUACAAAA